AUGCCUCACCCUGAGCAACCGGACAUCUCGGCAUCAGUCCUGGUCCAAUGCCAGGCGCGUGGCCUGAAGAUUCUGUGGAACAAUGACAGGAACGACGGAUCUGAUUGGUAUACAAUCAUCCUCGAGAACGAUAAGAAACGAGAUGUGUUCGAAUGCACCGGUAGACUCAGCGAAGAUCUGAAUGCGAAGUUGGAGGAGUUUUUCAAGAGAGAUGAUGUGAAAAGUGGCGAGAGUAUAAUGUCCAAGAUUAAGGAUCUCUUCUGUUGA